AAAAGAAAGAAGAAAUGCGCUUCUCUCUCUAAAACCUCUCCUCGCUCUCUUUUUCUCGCUCUAUAUGAUUACGUACAGAUCAGGCUUCGAUUCCUACACAGAGCUCCAGCUCCAGCUUCUCUCUCUCUCUCUGAAGCUCAAUUUCUAGGGUUCUAGCAAAGCGAGGCUCGCACUUCGAUGUCGUCGUCGGCUGCGUCUUCUUCUUCUUCUUCCUCCAAGUGCUGCUACAAUUCCGAGUGCGGCGAAUUGAAGCCGGAGCACCCGAGGAAGGCCUGGCGCCUCCGCACCGGUGACUGCGCCGAGCUCUGCGACAGAUGCGCUGUCAUUUAUGAAGAAGGAAGAUUCUGUGAGACUUUCCAUGUGAAAGCUUCUGGGUGGAGGUGUUGUGAGUCGUGUGGAAAGCGCGUUCAUUGUGGAUGUAUUGUUUCAGCUCAAGCCUUUACCUUGUUGGAUCCUGGAGGGAUUGAGUGUGUAACAUGUGCAAGGAAAUAUAUUGUUCUGACAUCGAAUCCAGCAUGGGCACCAACUUUGUUAUUUCAUUCACCUUUUUCUGAAAGACCGAAGGACAUGUCUGGAAAAAAUUGGACUCAGUUGGCUGGAUCUGGCCCUGUACCAUGGAGGCAGGCACCUAGUUUUUUCAAUUCUUCAAUUUCUUCACCUGAUUUGCAUACGAGAGUGCCAUAUGAUAUUGACGGUUCAAUGGGAAUCAAUAAACUCAAUGCUGGUGAAAGAAUUUCAGUCCAUCCCUUGGAAAAGAAGAAAGCUGAGGACUUUUCUGAAAGGCUAAUGAAAGUGAAUCUUGCAAUUGGCACACCAGUUACUUUUGAAAAUGGAAAUUCAGGAAAUAAGCGCAUGGAGCAAAGUAGGUCAUGUUUAAAUGUAUCUCAACAGCCUAUCUCUUUGAAGGAGGAACAAUCUACCCCACAGUUUGUCCUGUCUGUCCCUUAUGUAUCAGCAAGUGAUACGAAUGGUCAAAAAAAUGGUCAAGUGGUGGUUACAGGAACCAAUUUGCAGCCUGCCCUUCCUAUGGCAAAUCAAUUUCAUGGUAUUCGUGGUGCUUCAUACAAUGGAGUUGAAUUGUCUGGUGAUACUCAGAUCCGCUAUGCAAAGUCUGGUCUAGAUGCGCGAGGAAGACUUUCCCGGUACUGGCCUAGGUUUACUGAUAAAGAGCUACAGCAAAUUUCUGGAGAUUCAAAUUCUGUCAUUACUCCACUAUUUGAGAAAAUGUUGAGUGCAAGUGAUGCUGGGAAGAUUGGACGUCUGGUAUUGCCGAAAAAGUGUGCAGAGGCGUACUUCCCACCGAUUUCUCACCCUGAAGGGUUACCACUUACAGUCCACGAUUCACUAGGCAAGGAAUGGGUAUUUCAGUUUCGCUUCUGGCCCAACAAUAAUAGCAGAAUGUAUGUUUUGGAGGGGGUUACUCCUUGCAUACAAUCCAUGCAAUUGCAAGCAGGCGACAUAGUGACAUUCAGUCGAUUAGAGCCCGGAGGGAAAUUGGUUAUGGGGUGCAGAAAGGCUUUAACUGCCCCAUCUGAUCAGGCUGAAUUGGCAGUUCGUAGUACAGUUGCCAAAGGUGAUAAGUCAGGUUACGUAUCAAAAGAUGUAGUGGGAGCUAAAUCUUUGAUCUCUCGGAAAAGGAAAAACAGCAUCUUGGGUUCUAAGAGUAAGCGCCUGAGAAUUGAAAAGGAAGACCUGAUAGAGCUGAAGAUAACAUGGGAAGAAGCUCAAGGACUGCUUCGCCCUCCUCCUAAACAUGUUCCUACUGUUGUCGUGAUUGAAGGGUUUGAGUUUGAGGAAUAUGAGGAUGGUCCGAUUCUUGGGAAGCCAACUCUUUUCACUACGGGAAGUAAAGGUGAGAAGAUUCAAUGGGCACAAUGUGAAGUCUGUUGCAAGUGGCGCAAAUUGCCUGUUAAUGCUCUUCUUCCCUCAAAGUGGACUUGCUCAGAUAAUUCAUGGGACCCUGAUAGGUCAUUGUGUUCAGCAGCUCAAGAGUUGACAAUAGAAGAGCUUGAAGAUCUGCUUCCCCGUAACACAGUUGCUCCUAAGAACGUGAAGGCUUCUAAACAGGACCCAGAUAGCAUUGAAGCUUUGGAGGGGCUUGAUACACUUGCAGACCUUGCUAUCUUAGGGGAGGGUGAGUCACUCCCAUCAGCAGCUCAGGCCACAACAAAGCAUCCCCGACAUAGGCCCGGAUGCUCAUGCAUUGUCUGCAUCCAGCCCCCCAGUGGGAAGGGUCCUAAACACAAGCAAACAUGCAUCUGCAAUGUGUGCUCAACAGUAAAGCGCCGCUUCCGCACGCUAAUGAUGCGGCGUGAGAAAAAUAAGUCGGAGAAAGAAGCAGAAACCACACGAAAAAAGCAGCAGCAACAGCAAUUUCAAGACGAUGACACCCUCUUAAGUGGUAACACAGGAAGUAGCAGUCCGAACAACCGAGUGGAGGUCCUGGACCUUUCUGAUGAUGACUUCAACAGGACGAAAUCUCCAACUCCUCCUUAUAAAGGCCAAAUUGACCUGAAUAUCCAGCCAGAGCGGGAGGAAGAUCUAUCACCUGGCUCAGAUUCUGGUGGUAUGAUAAAGUUGCUCCAAGAUGCUACAGAGAGGUAUCUCAGGCAGCAGAGGCAGAGUUUAUCAAUCUCUGUUGGCGGUGAAAGAUCAUUGGGCAACAAGUCACAGCUAGCUGGAAUUGAAGCAGGAGGAGAACCACUUGGCAACAUUGCAAUUCUUGGGAAUAACAAUCAUGAUGGUGGCAAUGAUCAUCCUGCAACUUUAUCCAUCAAAGCAUCAGCAUCCAUGACAGCAACGUGAUAAUAUCGAUGGAGUCCAUUGUGUAAUGAUACGUCGAUCAUCAAUUGGUUGUUGGUUUUGAACCAGUUAUAGUUUCUGUUGUACAUUCAUCAUUGACACGGUGUCUCAGGUUGUACAUAAAGAAGAGAAGUAGGAAGAGGGCAACUAGUCUGAGACACUAUAGCUAGGGAUAUGUUGUUAUAUAAGCGGAAAUAUAUAGGGAAAUGGUGACUGCAAUUGAUUUGGGUGGAGGUUGAAGCUGUGUAGUUUCUUUUUUGGACGCUCACCCUACUGUCUAGUACAGAGGCAUUGAGGAUGCAACUUGUAUCAAUUGCAUUCACCCAUUGUGUAUUUUGCAUUUUUGG